AUGCCGCCCUUUCUAAGAAUGUUUAGAAAAUUCCGGCGGAGCCAGCCAGUCGCACAUAUUUCAAUCAUGUGUCGAGGCAAACCCAUCAGCCGCGAGGAACUCUUCGAGUACACCAACGGCCGCUUCCUCAUGAAUGAGGAGCACCAGUUUGCCCGGCACUAUCGGAAAUUCAACCUGGAUGCCCUCUGCAACAUAGCCGCAUCAGCUGGGGGGAGCACAUCCCGAAUCGCAGCCAUCGAGAAGCUCGAAGGCGGGUUCAGCAAGGCUCUCCUUAUGACGAAGGAGGAUGGAAGUGAACUGGUUGCGAGAAUCCCCCUUCGUAUUGCUGGCCCCGCGUUCCUCACGACGGCCUCUGAGGUAGGGACUUUGGAGUAUAUCAGGAGAUACACCGGUAUCCCUGUCCCCCGCGUCUUCUCCUGGUCCACUGUUGAAUCCAACCCUGUCGGGGCAGAGUACAUUAUCAUGGAAAAAGCGCCUGGGGUGCAGUUAUACGAGCGAUGGGGCGAGAUGAAGAAAAUUGAGAAACUCGAGCUGAUAAAGCAUUUGACCCAGCUGGAAGCUCAGCUGUCGGCUAUAUCGUUCCCUGCAUAUGGUGGGCUGUACUUACGUGCAGACGCGGACUGUCUGAGACAUCAUGAUCUUGAUGGAAGCCUGGAUGAGCAGCAAGCGUUCUGUAUUGGACCUUCGCCCGACCGCUCUUUUGGCGUUGAUGACGGAGUUGCUGGUUUGUCUAGCGGGGACGAGUCGAUUGACAAUGGGCCUUGUUGGUAUUUCAACUGA